AUGGGGAGAGCGAAGUGGGGGGAGCUUUUGGCAUUGCUGAGACUGCCAGCAGCCUGGGCAGGGCCCUUUGCAGUAAACCGCAAGUUCCACGACCUGGCUGCAGAGAUCUCUCGUCUCCGUCUGUCCCGACUGUCCUACCCCCCAAUGCUCCUACAAACGCGCUCAUCCCUUGUUUUCCCCAAACCAGGAUUUCCCAUUGCCAAGGCCUGGGAGGCUGCAAGGAAGAGGAAGAUGCCCCGGGACACUGAGGCAGAGCAGGAGCUGAGCAUGGAGAGCAGGGAGGACAAAUGCCCGUGGCAGAACCUGGUGGAAGAGGCCGUUUUGAGCGGCUCCACAGCGCAGGAAGGCAACGGGGAGGAAAAGCCCUGGAGAUGCCGCACGAGGAGGGGCUGCAAACGCAGCUGGCGGGGAUCUGAGGGGGAAAGAGCCAGCCUGGGCCGGGAAGGCGACCAGAGAUGGAGCCAGAGCUCGGAGCUGGUGCUCCAUGAUGGGGAGAAGCCCCACACGUGCGUGGAGUGUGGGAAGAGCUUCAGGCGGACCUCACACCUGAUCAGGCACCAGAGGAUCCACACUGGGGAGAAGCCCUACGAGUGUGGGGAGUGUGGGAAGAGCUUCAGCCAGAGCUCCCACCUGAUCAGGCACCAGAGGACCCACACUGGGGAGAGGCCCUACGAGUGUUCCAAGUGUGGGAAGAGGUUUCAGACCAGCUCCAUUCUCCUCCAGCACUAUCGGAUUCACAGGGAGGAGAGGCCCUUCCAAUGCCCCAGCUGCGGGAAGGGAUUCAAGGACAACUCCACUCUUGUCACCCACCAGCGCAUCCACACUGGGGAGAGGCCCUACGAGUGUGAUAAAUGCAGGAAUAGGUUUCAGACCUGCUCCUGUCUCCUCCGGCACUAUCGGAUUCACAGAGAGGAGAGGCCCUUCCGCUGCCCCGACUGCGGGAAGGGAUUCAAGCGCAACUCCACCCUCAUCAUCCACCAACGCAUCCACACUGGGGAGAGGCCCUAUGAGUGUCCCCAGUGUGGGAAGAGCUUCUCACAGAGCUCUAACUUGACCCAACACCAACGGAGGCGCCACUAAGGGAAGCCCUGCGAGUGCUCCGAGUGCGGGCAGAGCUUCGUGCACUGCUCCAGCUCCAUCCCCCACUGGAGGAGGCACUUUGGGCACAGCCCUGGUCACUCACGUUCUCUGUGAUCCAUGUUGAGAACACACCUGGCUGCUUCACCGUUUGGUUUGGCGUUAAUUUUCCUCUGCUUCACCUUCAUCCUUUAAAAACACCCAAAACUGGGUUAAAUGAAGGAAAUUGUUUGAAUAUAUCUGAAGUUCCAUAAUUUCUCACUUGUUUUAGAGGGAAUUUAGGAUUUGGGGAUGCGUUCUGUGUGGAGUGCUGCUGUUGCUAAGAGGAAGGAUUUUGAUCUUGCCCUUCUUUUGUUGCUAAGAACUCCUUCCCUGACCCCACCCCAAUUCCACCCUUGGGAUACCCUGUAAAUAUUCCACGGCCCUGCCUUUCACCUGACUUUCAGGGUUAAGAAAUGGAUUCCCAAAGGAUCAGCCCUAUUCCCUCUGUAUUCCAACAGGAUGAACCUGUUUCACUGGAUUCCCAGAGGAUACUGACUCUAUCACUUGUUUUUUUUUGUUUGUAGUACUGCAUUUGUAUUUUUAAUUCUACCUAAUAAAGAA